UGUAAUACUGGCCAUGCUGAAGAAAAGCUAGGUUUUACGUAUGACAGCAUCAUAAUAUGUCUGCGGUUAGCUUUACUAAAUGAAGCAAAAGAGGUGCGAGCAGCAGGAUUGCGAGCCCUCCGCUAUCUCAUUCGAGACUCCAGUAUUCUCCAGAAGGUGCUAAAGUUGAAAGUGGAUUACUUGAUAGCCAGGUGUAUUGACAUACAGCAGAGUAAUGAAGUAGAAAGAACACAAGCACUUCGAUUAGUCAGAAAGAUGAUCACUGUGAAUGCUUCAUUGUUCCCCAGUUCUAUUACUAAUUCUUUGAUAGCAGUUGGAAACGAUGGUCUUCAAGAAAGAGACAGAAUGGUUCGAGCGUGUAUAGCCAUUAUCUGUGAACUAGCACUUCAGAAUCCCGAGGUGGUGGCUCUUCGUGGUGGUUUAAGUACCAUCUUGAAAAAUGUGAUUGACUGUCAGCUAAGCCGAAUAAAUGAGGCUUUGAUAACUACAGUUUUGCACCUCAUUAAUCAUCCAAAGACCCGACAGUAUGUGCGAGCAGAUGUAGAGUUAGAGCGAAUUUUAGCUCCUUACACAGAUUUUCACUACAGGCAUAAUCCAGACACAGCAGAAGGACAACUCAAAGAGGACAGAGAAGCACGGUUCCUAGCUAGUAAAAUGGGAAUAGUGGCAGCAUUUCGAUCAUGGGCAGGUAUUAUCAGUCUGUGCAAACCUGGAAAUUCUGGGAUUCAGUCUCUUAUUGGGGUACUCUGUAUACCAAAUAUGGAAAUACGGCAAGGUCUGCUUGAAGUUCUUUAUGAUAUAUUUCGCCUUCCUCUCCCUGUUGUUGCAGAAGAAUUUAUUGAGGCACUUCUCAGUGUAGAUCCAAGCAGGUUUCAGGACUGCUGGAGACUUUCUGAUGGCUUUGUAGCUGCUGAAGCUAAAACUAUACUACCACAUCGAGCCAGGUCAAGGCCUGAUCUCAUGGAUAAUUAUCUGGCUUUAGUGCUUUCAGCUUUUAUUACUAAUGGACUUCUAGAGGGUCUGGUUGAAGUGAUCACAAGUAGUGAUGACCAUGUAUCUGUUAGAGCAACUAUCCUUUUAGGAGAACUUUUGCACAUGGCAAACACAAUCCUUCCUCAUUCUCACAGCCAUCACCUGCACUGCUUACCAACGCUAAUGAAUAUGGCAGCAUCUUUUGACAUCAUGAAAGAGAAAAGACUACGAGCAAGUGCUGCACUCAACUGCUUAAAACGUUUUCACGAGAUGAAGAAAAGAGGACCUAAACCUUACAGCCUCCACUUAGAUCAUAUUAUUCAGAAAGCGAUCUCAACCCACCAAAAAAGGGAUCAGUACCGUGUGCAGAAAGACAUCUUUAUUUUAAAGGAUACAGAAGAAGCACUUGUAAUGAAUCUUCGAGACAGCCAAGUUCUCAAUCAUAAAGAGAACCUCGAGUGGAAUUGGAAUCUGAUAGGGACCAUACUGAAGUGGCCAAAUAUAAAUAUAAGGAACUAUAAAGAUGAACAAUUGCACAGGUUUGUAAGGAGACUGCUAUAUUUUUACAAGCCUAGCAGUAAACUGUAUGCCAACCUGGAUCUGGACUAUACCAAGGCUAAGCAGCUCACUGUGGUGGGUUGUCAGUUUACUGAAUUUCUUCUUGAAUCAGAAGAGGAUGGACAAGGUUACCUGGAGGAAUUGGUUAAAGAUAUUGUAAAUUGGCUCAAUUCUUCAUCGGGAAUGAAACCUGAACAUAGUCUUCAAAAUAAUGGGUUACUAAAUACCCUUAGCCAGUACUACUUUCUGUUUUUUGGUACUCUCUCUUGUCACCCUCAUGGAGUGAAAAUGCUUGAAAAAUGUAAUGUGUUUCAGUGUCUUCUUAAUCUUUGUUCUUUGAAGAACCAGGAUCACUUGUUAAAAUUGACUGUUUCUAGUUUGGAUUACAGCAGAGAUGGGUUAGCAAGAGUAAUUCUUUCUAAAAUCCUGACAGCAGCUACUGAUAGCUGCAGGUUGUAUGCAACAAAACACUUACGAGUAUUACUGAGAGCAAAUGUAGAGUUCUUCAGCAAUUGGGGGAUUGAGUUACUGGUGACCCAGUUACAUGAUAAAAAUAAAACUAUUUCUUCUGAGGCACUUGAUAUUCUAGAUGAAGCAUGUGAAGACAAGGCCAAUCUUCAUGCCCUUAUCCAAAUGAAACCAGCUCUUUCUCACCUUGGAGACAAAGGUUUGCUUCUACUCCUAAGAUUUCUGUCCAUUCCAAAGGGGUUUUCGUAUCUAAAUGAAAGAGGUUAUGUAACAAAACAAAUGGAAAAGUGGCAAAAGGAAUAUAACUUAAAGUACGUUGAAUUGAUUGAAGAACAACUUAAUGAAGCACUUACAACUUAUCGCAAACCUGUUGAUGGCGAUAACUAUGUUCGUCGGAGCAACCAAAGAUUACAGCGACCACAUGUCUACCUGCCAGUUCACCUUUAUGGCCAACUGGUGCACCAUAAAACAGGCUGCCAUUUAUUGGAGUCUCAGAAUAUUGUUACAGAUCUGAGUUACACUGUUCAUUCCCCAGUGCUGGAUAAGUGGGAAGGAAUUAAGCAGCUGAAAGCAGCCCUUUGGGCCUUGGGCAAUAUUGGAUCAUCAAAUUGGGGUCUUAACUUGCUUCAAGAGGAGAAUGUAAUUCCCAAUAUAAUGGCACUUGCGCAACAUUGUGAGGUUCUCUCUGUUAGAGGAACCUGUGUCUACGCGCUUGGUCUAAUAGCCAAAACUAAACAAGGAUGUGACAUUUUGAAGCAUCAUAACUGGGAUGCAGUGAGACACAGUCGUAGACAGCCUUGGCCAGUGGUCCCUGAUGACAUGGAGCAGCUCUGCAAUGAACUUUCUUCUAUACCCAGUACUCUUAGCUUGAACUCUGAGUCCACCAGUUCUAGGCAUAACAGUGAAAGUGAAUCUAUGCCUUCAAGUAUGUUCAUCAUGGAGGAUGACCGUUUUGGUAGUACUUCCACUAGUACGUUCUUCCUAGAUAUUACUGAAGAUGCAGAAAAAAUAUUUUAUGACAGACCUGGACCUUCAAAGGACAAAGACCGUAGUCCCUUUCCUUUUUUUUCUUCUAGCAGACUUGUGAAAAAUCGCAUUCUAAACUCUCUUACUCUACCUAAUAAAAAACAUAGAAGUAGCAGUGAUCCAAAAGGAGGAAAGCUGACAUCUAACAGUAAGUCAGGCCUGAGGCGAAAUCGUACUGUAACAGAACCUUCCAGUAGCAUAGACUUUCCUGCUGGGGAAGAAUUCAACCCUGUUUUCAGAGUUCCUAAAAUCCAGACUUUACGAUUAGAAACUUCUUUUGUCAGAAGUAAGCACGUGGAAGAUACUGAUAGUACCCCAAGUAUUGGAGAAAAUGAUCUGAAGCUGCCAAAAGGUCUUGGAAAUGAAAUUCACCAGGAAAACACAAGCAGAGAAAGGCUAAUAGGAGAUGGUACUACACAAACACAUUUCAAGAGUCGUAGCUUAAGUUUUAAUACAGAUACCACAACAAGUGGCAUAAGCUCAAUGAGCUCUAGCCCUUCAAGGGAGACUGUAGGUGUGGACACUACAAACGUAGAUACUGACUGUGGAAGUUUGAGUACUGUGGUAAGCACAAAAACAGUUAAACCAAGUCAGUGUUCAACACCACAGUCAAACCACCUGCCUCUCUCAAAAUCCAACUCUGUAUCCCUGGUACUGCCAGGGUCAUCUUAUACACUUCCCCGAAGAGCCCAGUCUCUUAAGGCUCCUUCUCUUGCUACAAUAAAGAGUCUUGCUGACUAUAACUUUAGCUACACAAGUUCUCGAGAUGCCUUUGGCUAUGCUACACUAAAACGCUUACAACAGCAGAGAAUGCAUCCUUCACUGUCUCACUCGGAAGCCCUAGCAUCUCCAGCAAAGGACGUGCUGUUCACUGACACUAUUACCAUGAAGUCUGGCAGCCUGGAUUCUCGGCUGACCCCAAGCCGGUUCAUGAAAGCUUUAAGUUAUGCUUCGUUAGAUAAAGAAGAUUUAUUAAGUCCUAUUAACCAAAACACACUUCAGCGUUCCUCCUCUGUUCGCUCCAUGGUUUCUAAUGCUACAUAUGGUAGCUCUGAUGAUUACAUUGGCCUUGCUCUCCCAGUGGAUAUCAAUGAAAUAUUUCAGGUAAAGGAAACUCCAUAUUUCCAGAAGAAAACUAUACCUCCAUUUGAUGACCGUGGAGCUAGGGUCUUUGCACCUGAUGCAGAAGAAAAUACAGAGGAUACGGGGCUACAGGAGCACACAGAUGAGAACUGCCUUUACUGUGUCUGCAUUCAAAUACUGGGUUAUCAGCCUAACAACAAAGUGAACUCUUCAUAUAGUCAUACAGAUUUUUCAGACAUUCCAUAUACUGACUGGUGUGGGCAGACCAUACACAACCACUUAGAUGUGCAUUCCUCCAAAUUUUCUGGAAUUUCAAGCUGUAGUGAUGCAGUAUCCCGUGGUUCAGCUAGCAGCACCAAGAGUACAGAGCUUGUACUAGGAGUAAAAUCAAUCCCAGAUGAUACACCAGUGCGCAGAAUACUUCUGCGGAAAGAAGUCUUACGUUUAGUAAUCAAUUUGAGUAGUUCAGUAGGAACUAAGGGCCAUGAAACUGGACUCCUGACAAUUAAGGAGAAAUAUCCUCAAGCAUUUGAUGACAUAUGCCUUUACUCUGAGGUGUCCUACUUGUUAGCACAUUGUACAUUUCGACUUCCAUCGCGAAGGUUCAUUCAGGAGCUAUUUCAAGAUGUACAGUUCUUACAAAUGCAUGAAGAAGCAGAGGCUAUUUUAGCAACACCAACAAAACAGCCAGUAAUUGAUACAUCAGCUGAAUCCUGA